CAUGACUUGCUUCGUUCUUGAAAAGUCAUUGCAUGCCCUUCUCACGGGCUCCUUCAUCGCCGUGGUAUUGUGCUUGCACCAUAAUCACAAGACACUAUGGCCGCCAACUAUGUAACAUCUGCACUCGAAGCUCUCGGCUUUGAUGUUCAGAGCUGCUGCAACGAACUUGCCUUCUGAGCCCUAAGAGCAGAUGACCACUCGGACGCCUACGACGCAUGGAACGCAGCCUUCCACCAUCGCAACACACCUCCCACUGUUCACGACGUAGAAUGGUGCAACGCUCUCGAACUUAUCGGCCUAAGCCUGCAUAUCGACAACCGCUCCGCAGAAGCUGGGUGUAUAAAUCUCUUGUUGGGGUUGCGAGAGCGUUAGUCGCUCAGGAAAAGCACAAGGAAGCGGAAGCGUACCUCCGACGUGCGCUUGAUGGCUACAGACGGCUGUUUCCAGAGGAAAGCAAAGAGUCGUUGCAAAUUACCAGUGAGCUUGCAUAUAUACUAGCGUGUGAAGGCACAUCUUGCUCCAUACGGGAAGCGGAGACAUUAGCGAGACAGACAUUGAAGAUGAGAGAGAGGGUUCUAGGAAGAACGCAGCAAGAGACGGUAGAAAGUGUGUGGACAUUGGGGUUUGUAAUGGAGAAGGCUGGGACAAGAGGGGACGCGAAGCAUCUGUACGAGAGGGCAUAUAAAGAAGGUUCAAGACUGCUGGGGGACAACCAUGUUGAUGUUCUUGAUUACAAAAGCGAUUUGGAGAGAUUGAGGAUAGAGGACGAUGAGGUUAUACAGUACUUGCUGUUGUAAGUUGUACAUUGAACUACAUACACGCAUUGAUGUUAUGCAUUCCUCUG